AUGAGCUACGCCGGGGGCCGGGCCUUUGUUACGUCGCCCACCGGCGCAGGCGUGGUCGGUCGCACGUACGCUACUCGUGGACGCCGGACACCCAGUCUCGCGCAGAUUCUGCCGCGGGCGAAGCAGCUCGUUUUGGGCGAGAUUUGUACUAAUUAUAUCGAGGGCCCCUUUGAAGGAUGUGAUGCACUGUCUAGUCCCUCGGGCAGUCACAAAUGGGAAACCCAGCGUUUGCUGGCAGAACCAGUUCCUGGCAUUAAAGCAGAACCAGAUGAGAGCAACGCCCGUUAUUUUCAUGUGGUCAUUGCUGGCCCCCAGGAUUCCCCCUUUGAGGGAGGGACUUUUAAACUUGAACUAUUCCUUCCAGAAGAAUACCCAAUGGCAGCACCUAAAGUACGUUUCAUGACCAAAAUUUAUCAUCCUAAUGUAGACAAGUUGGGAAGAAUAUGUUUAGAUAUUUUGAAAGAUAAGUGGUCCCCAGCACUGCAGAUUCGCACAGUUCUGCUAUCAAUCCAGGCUUUGUUAAGUGCUCCUAAUCCAGAUGAUCCGUUAGCAAAUGAUGUAGCCGAGCAGUGGAAGACCAAUGAAGCCCAAGCCAUAGAAACAGCGAGAGCAUGGACUAGGCUAUAUGCCAUGAAUAAUAUUUAAGUCGAUCAGAUCAUCAAGUGUACAUCACUUCUCCUGUUCUGCCAAGACUCUUCCUUUUUUUGUUUGCAUUUAAUGGACACAGUCUUAGAAACAUUACAGAAUAAAAGCCCAGACAUCUUCAUCUUUGGUGAUUACAUGCACAUUAGCAAAUCUAUGUCUUGUCCUGAUUCACUGUUGUAAAGCAUGAGCAGAGGCUAGAAGUAUCAUCUGGGUUGUUGUGAAAUGUUUAAAAGCAGUGACUCUGCUUGGAUUCGUUUCCCCAUCAUGGUUUAAGUACAAAGCACUGUGAAUGAAGGUAGUUGUCAGGGUUAGCUGCCCAGGGGUAUGGGUGUUUUUAUUUUAUUUUUUAGGGGGAAAAUAGUUUUAUUUUAAUUUUAUGGUCUCCUUUCCCCCUCCCUCUCUUUUGGGAUCUAAUUGCCGUGGUUAAAUGCAGCUAACCAGUUUUUUAGAAUAUGCUCUCUAGCCAAGUCUAACUUUAGACGCUGUAGAUGGACAAGCUUGAUUGUCUGAACCAAAAUGGGAACAUUAAAUAAACAUCACAGCCCUCACUAAUAACAUUGUGACUUUGCUGUUAAGUGUAGAUUCUCUGCCCCACCCCCAAAAGAAGAAAAAAGCUUGUGACCAUUUUGUAUGGCUUGUCUGGAAACUUCUGUAAAUCUUAUGUUUUAGUAAAAUAUUUUUUGUUAUUCUACUUUGCCUUUGUACAGUUUAUUUUACUGUGUUUAUUUCACUUUCCCAAUGUGACAAUCGUAUUUAAAAUUAAAACUGAUGGAACAUUC